GUAGUCGCACUUUCGCAUGUGUGUGUUUCCGGUACAGAUCUGAAAGUAGUAGUGCUACAUACAGAUGCUACCUUGUUCCUCCACAUCAGGCGACUGACGGAGAGAAAGCUCAAGUUUAUGGAACUAUGACCCGACAUGGAAAGAACUGCACGGCUGGAGCGGUGUACACUUACCACGAGAAAAAGAAGGACACUGCUGCAUCUGGUUAUGGAACACAGAGCAUUCGACUGGGAAAAGAUGCAAUCAAAGACUUUGACUGCUGUUGUCUGUCCCUUCAGCCUUGUGAGACUCCUGUCAUAACGCCAGAUGGAUACUUGUAUGAGAAACAGGCCAUUCUGGAAUACAUUCUUCAUCAGAAGACACAGAUUGCCAAAAAAAUGAAGCUGUAUGAAAAGCAGAAGAAAGCCCAGAAGAGCAGCAGCCAGCUGGAGUCCAAGUCAGAGGAAAGAGAGAAGGUGGAGAGGUUCAAAACCAUGGAGAACAGCAUCGUAUCCAAACCCAUCAAUCCAUUCACAUCAGAGCAGAACAAAGGCAGCGAGAAGAGCAGGACAGACGGCAGCUCAGCAGAAUCCUCCACUGGCUCUGCAGCUGCUUCCUCCAGCCAGAGCCUUCCUAGUUUCUGGAUUCCCUCUCUGACCCCAGAGGCAAAGCCCACUCUGCUCAAGAAACCAAGUAAAGCUGUGCUGUGUCCCAUGUCAGGACGACCCAUCAAGAUGAAUGAGCUCAUCACCGUGCGCUUCACUCCGAUCGAGCCCAGUCUGCACCGCGUGGCACUGCUCACCCGCCAGGACAGGUAUGUGUGUGCGGUCACCAGAGACGCCCUGGCCAACAGUGUCCCCUGUGCUGUCCUACGACCCUCGGGAGCGGUGGUGACUCAGGAGUGUGUGGAGAAGUUAAUCAAGAAAGACAUGACUGAUCCAUUAACGGGAGACAAACUGUCCGACAGAGACAUUAUACCCCUGCAGAGGGGUGGAACUGGCUUUGCUGGAUCCGGCACCGACCUCAGUGCCAAAGAAGCUCGUCCAGUGAUGCAAGUGUGAGACAGCAGAGUCUGUGCAUAUUCUCCUGUAGCUCAGUUAAGAGUGUGGACAGAGGACAAAGUGUCCAUUGUGUCACACAUUGUUUUUCCUCUCCCUGAAACACUUUGACGUGUUUCUUUUCUUUUUUUUACGACUAUAAAAGAAAUGUUCUGUCAGUCGCGUGAAACACAGAUCACAUUUUAGGACAACACAAAGGAGUGGAGUCAGAUGAACUGAUCAUUAAAAUGGAUAUGUAUAGGAUUAAUAUCUGAUUCUUUUUUUUAAGGCUUGUCAAAUGUCUGAUCUUAGGGAAGAGGAUUAGGAAACAAAUAUUUGAGUUCUCUCUUCUGUGUGUAUUAUGUCAAUUAUAACCACGUAUUUUGUGAAUUAUGUUUUUUCCUUUUAAUCUCACAUGGAUUACAGUAAAUUUAUUGUACCCCUGUG